AACCAUGGUACCAGGUUCCACCCCAACUACUUCCUCCUGAUGGGGAUCCCUGGUCUGGAGCAUUACCAUCUGCAGCUCUCCAUCCUGUUCUUCAUCAUGUAUGUUCUAUCUCUGAUAGGAAACUCCAUCCUAUUCCUGGUGAUCGCGAUUACUGAGAGCCUUCAGCAGCCCAUGUACCUUUUCCUCAUGAUGCUUUCGGUGGGAGACAUCCUCUUGAGCUCUUCCACUGUCCCCAAAACCCUCAGCAUUUUCUGGUUUGGGUCCAAUUUGAUCUCCUUCAAUGGCUGCCUAAUGCAGAUAUUCUUCAUUCAUUUUAUCUGUAUGACUGAGUCAGCGAUUCUCCUUGCCAUGGCCUAUGACCGUUAUAUCGCUAUAUGCCACUCAUUGACUUAUGUGACCAGAUUGACAACAGGGUUUAUCAGGGCAGUGAUGGUGAUCUCAGUUGCCCGAAGCGUGGUCAUUAUUAUUCCGGUCAUUCUGCUGCUCAGACGCCUUCCUUACCAGAAGAGCAUUGUAAUAGAGCACACAUACUGUGAACACAUGGCCAUGGCACGGCUGGCCACUGCCAACAUCAUGGUCAAUAUCAUAUAUGGUGUGGUCAUCAUUGUCUGUACAUCGGUCAUAGAUUUACUUCUGAUUGGCAUGUCUUAUGUGGCCAUCAUUCAAGCGGUGUUGAAGCUUUCUUCCUCAGCAGCUCGUCAUAAGACAUUCAGUACAUGUGUGUCUCAUAUCUGUGUUAUAAUCCUUCUCUAUGUCCCAGCCUUCUUCUCGUUCAUCACUCACAGGAUUCCACAUAACCACAUCCCGGCAUACGUCCAUAUACUGGUGGCCAACCUCUAUGUUCUGGUGCCCCCAAUGAUGAACCCUAUUAUUUAUGGAGUAAGGACCAAGGAAAUCCGGCAGAGGGUCUUUCAGCUGUUAUUUGGAAAGAAGUGA